GCAAAUUGGACAGUGCAGCUGCAAGGCCUACGGUCUUGGUGAAGUCAACCUGACCAUCCUCAUUCAGAACUAGUGACUCCUCCUUCGUGAUCUCUCAAGCCCGGUAUCCUGGCUAUUUUGAAACCUAGAAGGUCACAAUUUGGGUUUGCAGCAAAAAUGCUUUCAGAACAGACAGCAGCCCUGGGGACAGGAUGGGAAUCGAUAAAUGUCCAGCUGGAUGGAGCAGAGCCGCAUGUGGAAAGGGGAAGCCAAGAGGAGGGGCCGUGGAGAACAGCACCAGGGCCGCUGGAACACCUGUGCUGUGACCUUGAAGAGGAGCCACAGUCCCUUCAAGAGAAGGCUCAGUCGGCUCCCUGGGCUCCUGCCAUUCCCCAGGAGGGGAGUACCGGAGAUUGGGAGAUGGCAGCUGCACUUCUUGCAGCCGGAUCACAGGGCCUGGUAACCAUCAAGGAUGUGUCACUGUGCUUCUCUCAGGAGGAGUGGCGGAGCCUGGACCCUUCUCAGACAGACUUUUAUGGAGAAUAUGUCAUGCAGGAAAACUGUGGGAUAGUGGUCUCUCUAAGAUUUCCAAUUCCCAAACUGGACAUGCUUUCUCAAUUAGAAGGAGGGGAAGAACAGUGGGUCCCUGACCCGCAGGACUUAGAGGAGAGGGACAUCCUGAGGGUCACAUAUACAGGAGAUGGAAGUGAGCAUGAGGGGGAUACCCCUGAACUAGAAGCAGAACCUCCCAGAAUGUUAUCUAGUGUGUCUGAAGAUACAGUUCUCUGGAACCCAGAGCAGGAUGAAAGUUGGGAUUCCAUGCCCAGGAGCUCCAGAGGAAUGCUCCUGGGCCCACCUUUUCUUCAGGAAGAUAGCUUCUCAAACCUUCUGUGUAGCACAGAGAUGGAUUCCCUGUUAAGACCGCACACAUGCCCCCAGUGUGGGAAACAGUUUGUGUGGGGCUCCCACCUUGCGAGGCACCAGCAAACGCACACUGGGGAGAGGCCCUACAGCUGCCUCAAGUGCGAGAAGAGCUUUGGGCGAAGACAUCACCUGAUCCGGCACCAGAAAACCCACCUACAUGACAAGCCCAGCAGGUGCUCUGAGUGUGGCAAGAAUUUCCGGUGCAACUCCCAUCUGGCCAGCCACCAGAGAGUGCAUGCAGAAGGCAAAUCUUGCAAGGGCCAAGAGGUUGGAGAGAGCCCUGGGGCUAGGAAACGGCAGCGGGCCCCACCAGUGCCAAAGUGCCAUGUGUGCACUGAGUGUGGGAAGAGCUUUGGCCGAAGGCACCACCUAGUGAGACACUGGCUGACCCACACCGGGGAGAAGCCCUUCCAGUGCCCUCGCUGUGAGAAGAGCUUUGGCCGUAAACAUCACCUGGACAGGCACCUGCUGACCCACCAGGGACAAAGUCCCCGGAGCAGCUGGGACAAAGGGACAUCUGUCUUUUGAAAUCUGUUUCUGCUGCAGCUGUGGUCACAUCUAUCAGCCGGUGCUACCAGCAGUCUCUGCUAGAGCUGCCUCUCUCCUGCACCCAACAGCCAGGAUCAUGAGCCUUGACCUCAUCCCUCAAAAGAUGAGGUUCCAGCACUGACCAUUUCUCACCAGUUCUGUGAGAUACGACAUAAGAUAGAAUUCUUUGGGCAAAAGUUUUGGGAAACAGUGCUCGCUGCUUGAGCUGAUAUUCAGCCUGAGCCCUUUCUCAAGAGUACAGUUGUACCAGUGGUUUAUGGCUGAGAUCCAUUAUGAUUAGUUGGAGCCUAUGCCAUACCAUUGUUAAAUAUUUCGAGUAUCAUCAUUGUAUACUAUAACUUAUAUUAUCUUUACAUAUAUAUAUAUAUAUAUACGUAUAUAUGUAUAUAUAUUACAUAUAUACAAAUACAUACACAGAGAGAGAGAGAGAUAAAGAGAAAGAGAGAGAGAGAGAGAGACAGAAAAAGAACACCAUAUUAGCAUGUUAAAGGCUCUGAAAACUUAGAGCAGUAAGUAAGCCUCUUUCAAAGCAGUGUUUCCUAAAUGUAUUUGGCCUCAGUAGCCUUUCUAUCUCACAUCCCACAGAACUGGUGACUCUAUGAAAUACUCUGGUGAACACUGGGUUACAGUAAUGAGGAAACAGGAAAAAGAUAGUGACCAGGCACCCAGAGCCCCCUUUUUUUAUCCAAAUGAAAGUUGAGGGGCAGACCUCAUUCCUGUGUGGGUCCAUCACCCUUAUACAUCCAAAUAUACACCCACACCUCUCACUCCAACCUACUGAAAAAUAGAAACAAUAACUCCCCCCCCCUUAUUCUUACUCUUUCAUCCUGCACAUACAUGUACUCAGCUGAGAGAUCACACUACCAUGCUAAGAGAUGGACCUUACAGCCCCAAGUAUCUGAGGCCCACACAGAAGAAAAAAACUUUAUUCCCUUGAACAGACCCCUCUCCUCUUGACUGUGUCUUUAUGUGUCUGUGUGUAUCUGUGUGCAGGGUCUUUGAAGAGAGCAUGCAAAGCGCAAACUGUACAAGCUAGAUUUUCUAGGGGCUGUGUUCUGGGGAUGAGGGUAGUGGGAAUUGUAUGGGGUUUUUGUUUUGUUUCAGCAUAGGAAAUAAGCUGAGCAAUUAAGGGAGCUGUAGUGGAAAUGGUUAAGUGAUGGGUUAUUUUGUGGGAGUUGAAGUAUAAAGCCUUCUUCAAUGUCAAUAAGAUCAAGACAACUGUGGAUAUACAUGUCUAGGUCUGAAUCUCUGGGCCACAGAUUCUUUUUGCCUGGGUGGAGAGAGAAAGAAACAUCUCAGUGAGGUGAGCUAUUUCUUGUUGAUUGCAAGCAAGAUGCAUAUAGAGGGUUUGUGCUGAGUUGGUUUUUGUCUUGUUUUAAGUGCUGGGAGAUUAGGGCAGGAAUCACAGUGCUUACAGGUUGUUGUCAUUACUCAUGUUUGUUCCUGAUUGCCUUAUCAAGGAGGCAGAGUUACUCUUGAGGAUCUCAUUCUCCAAGAAACAAAAUGUUAGGGGAAAUGACUGUGGUUUAGCUUUUCAGCUGAUGCAGGGUAAUGAGCUUUCCAGUCGGUUUUCCUCUCAAUUCUGGGAAUGUGUCCACGCUAAGACUCUUAACUCCAGGACUUGCAUAAGUAUUCUAGCAUCUGUUAGUUGAUGAGUUGUUCACUGUUUCUCAUUAUUGAUGAUGUGUUAAUACCAAUCUUAUAAUUUAAAUUUUUUCUUCUAUGUAAGAGCAGUUUAGAGUUAGGGAGGGAGAAGAGCAGAGUGGAUGAAAAUGGGAUAUUUUCUCUUUAAUGCUUAUAUUCUGGUUUUUCCUUAGCACACUUAUUUGUCAACCACAAUUGGUGGAAUUAACCAGAGAGACAAGAAGAAGUGAGCCGCAACAAUCUAGUUUAAUGACUAUCCCAUUUGCUUAGGAAAAAUGUGGUGAAUCAACUCCUCAGAGUCCUGGACCCAAAUGGAGCUGAAAAUAGGGGUCAUUUUGCUGACUGGGCUUAGAGUGGAUAUGACUUGAGCAAACUAGCCGCUGCCUCCCUUCUGCUGCUCAGAGCAGCCUUCCUUUUUUGCCUGGAAUGCACUUCUCUUACCUAUGUUCCUUUGAAUAGGGCAAAAUGGCCAGCCCUUUAUAAGGCAGCCUUGUCCUAGGUCCUCAGAGAUGAGCAUUUUAGGACUAGUAUUAAGAGAUGCCCCAAGGAAUAAGAAAGUAUUGGAUUCCAGUGGUAAAACUAGACUAUGCCAUUUCUUUCCCCUUCUACUAUGCCUCAUUACAAAUAUUCAUUAAUGCAGAUCACCUCUAAGUAAGCAAUGGUUCAGAACGAUUGAGAUCCUUUUGGGACCCUUCUAAGAAUCUGAUAAAAACCGGGAACUCAUUUUCAAGAAAAACAGACAUUAGCAAUCCACUCAGAUUUACAUAUACAUUUAGCAGGUUUAAAGACUGUCCAUGGAAUCACUAAACUGGGGUCAAAGGGAGUUACCCUGACCAAAUAUGGUCAUUAUAUAUUUGUGUCAAGAAUUACCAGGCAAGGGUCACUAAAUAUUUUAAGGACUAAGAUAGCUUUCAGUAGGGUAUAAGGAUAGAGUCUGGUCUUUAAUGACUAGAAAGGUAUUGCUUACAAUCUACAUUUUUUAAAAAAGAGAACAUGUUGACAAACCCAGCUCCUCACAAACCUUGUUUUAAAGACUUGUAGGAUGUGACUCCAUAUUCUCAGAUCACACCUCUUAACAAUCAGAUGUUAAUCUCCAGCCUUUGAUCUAUUUUAGUAAUUGUUUUAGUCAUUGUAAAGGUAGAAAGUAAAGCCCUUAAAGUGUAGGUGCAGUCAUAGCACCCAACUGAAAGGCAUCAUGGAGUCUAAGGGCCUUCUGCAGAAGGGGCAUCCCUUUAGGUCAUUUCUGGUGCACCGCUAUCUUCUCUACCUCGGUCCAACACCACUUCCCUUGGACAAAAAAUAAGCAAUGCCCAUCAGACAGGCGAAUAGAAUUGAAUGAUUUUUCCUACAGGGAUCAGCCUCAAACUCCCAUUUUCCUCCUAACUCUGUCUGCCACAGGUCCACCCUACCCCCUUUAAAUAAAAAAAUGUCUCUAUGUUCUCUCUGGGGAAAAUGUAAAAUAGGGAAGUCCCAUCUUAAGAAACCUGUCACCUUUUCCCUCUGUGGUGCCUCUACCCUAUACAGUGCCCAAGUAUCCUCCCCUUUCCACACCAUCAAAGUAUCUCUGCAGAGAAUCCCUUACCCUGGAGAAUGUAGCCCAAAGUGUUUGCUUUUCCCAGAUCUAUUCACACUUUAAGCCUUAACUCUAAUAGUCAAAGUGAAAGGAAAAGCUUUUUCCCUGUUUAAGUGAUGUUAUGCCUUUAGUAGGGAGCAAAAGGGGUGAUAAUCUGGGAAAAAAGCCUUCCCUUUCCAGUACUUCUGCAGUCAAACCACUGUUUCCGGUAUCCAGGAAGAUGAGCCCUGACUCAACCAUAGGUACCAGAAGACAGGUUCUUUCCAUCUCUGAUCGGGGUGAGUGGGGCUAGGCAAUAACAGAAAAGUGAAAUCUAUUCCCUUAGACCCCUUAGAGAUCCUGAACUGGCAAAAUUUCUUCCUAUUCCCUGGAGUGCUAUACUAGGCUCUGGGUCUCAAAAUCUGGUCUUUGGACCAGCAGCAUCAACAUCACCUGGGAACUUAUUUUCGAAAUGCAAAUUAUCAGACUCCACCCCAGACAAACUGAAUCAGAAAUUCUAGGGGUGGAGCCCAGCAAUCGGUCUUUUCACCUGCCUUCCAGGAUCUGUAAGGUAUGCUAACGUUUGAGAACCCCUAGCUUAGAAAGUCAAAUUCCACUUCAAUCAGUGAUACCUCACCCUCUUCACAUGGGGAGAGGGGAUCUUUACACCCAUUGUCAGAUUGAUUUCCUGCAAACUCUAGGUUAGUUGCUUCUCAUUUGUGUUCAAGUCCCAAGGUCUUUCCCUCUCUUCAGUCAAUGAAAAGCCUGAGUCAUUCACUGAUUUCAGAAACUAUAGUGGGGCAACUACCAAGUUGCUGUGAUUGGUUGGGGCUGGAGCUUCUAAAAUGGGCACUGCGGCUUUCUGGGUCUGGAAAUCUGAAAGGACAAAAGGAGCAGAAACAUCGAAGAAGAGAAAUCCAAUGUAAAACUGGAGAACUGACAUCCAAGGAAAUGGUCCUUUUUUGCUAGUUCCGUGGUCCUUUUCCAGGCCAAUAAGUUACCCUGGAGGCAGGUGGGGUGGGCAUUCAACACAGAAGUGGGGGGUAAGGCCAACUGUCCUUAGCCCUUAAGAACUCAAGUUUUCCAAUCUGACAAUGCACUAGAGAACAAUAAGGUGCCAUGAAAAGGAUUUCUAAUCAUGAUUUGGCGUACUCUGUGGGCAAGGGCAGCCAGAGCAUCAGAGAGUGCCCAGGACACAAGCGGGAACCAGGCUCAUUUAGUAAGAUGUGAUACAGUGAGAUUUUGAACCCAGACUCGACUAGGUAGAGGUUGUAACCAAUUAGGCCAUGGCACUUAUGCCAAAAAUGCAUUCCUCUACUUUGAAGAUUCUAUCCAGGUUUUAGGAAGGGAUCUGUCUUGCAGGCUCUGGCCUUGUUGCCUCCUCCAGCUCCUCUCCUAGGCACACCCAGGAGGACAGACUGAACUGAAAGUUGCAAACGUGCCACCCCUUUGGGGGUUUCCAAGGCCGAAAUGUUAAAGUGAACCUAAGUCUCUGGGGGAAGUGAUCAGCCCCUCUUCCUAAGGCAGAGAAGCUUGGCUACAGCUUUCUUCAACUCCAGGCCUCAGGCUCUCUCCCUUUUUCUCCUGUCAUCACUUUAAUUUUCCCAAUAAGUGAAGCUCUUCUUCCACCCUUUGCUCCCACUUCUUUUUCACUUUGAUUCAUUUAGUUUGGUAUUUUGUUUUGCCUGGGAAGUGUCACACCUUCCUGAGGCUGUUCUCCCCAAUCCCUGUCUUCCUUCCAGCAUAGUUUCUGUCUUCAAGCUUCUGGCCAGUUCCAUUCCAUCAUGAGCCCACUCACUACCUGUCCUUCUGCCUAUUGUCCGAUUUCUUUUCUGUCAGCUUUAAGCCUACUAAGCCGAGUCCAUUCCUCAUACUUCUCACUUUCUUUUCUCAGAUUCUUGGCUUGGCUAUAGCAGUUCAGCUGCCAUCUCACCACUCUACAACUCUCUCUUUCACACACAUGUCCCUACACCUGGCCUUGGCCACGGAUGCUAGUACUGUCAAACCCAGGCCCUUUACUCCAGUCCCUACAGGCUCCUCUUCCCUUCAUGUCCCUUCCAAAGUAGCUUUCUACUUUUCACUAUUUUGGUUUACUCAGUCUCUUCCCAUCUCUUGUGGCUCCUGAGAGUCAGUCUCAACAUUAUAAGCCAUUUUUUUGCGUGCUUACUAUGUGUUAGGCACUGGCUAUUCCAGGCCUGGGAGACUGAGUGUGAUCACAGUUCCUGUACUCAGUAUGUUCCUCAGCCAAGCCCACCCCUGCCACCACUUCCCUACCAUGCCUCAUUUCACUGUGCACCAAGGUGCUCUUUUCCAAGAAGCUUUGGGAGUGUAUGCCCACUUGCCAUCCAGCCCAGCUCCUCCGUGCCUGCCAGAUUUGUAGCUUUGUUUGACUUAAUUCCCUCUGAUGGACUGUGAACUUCCCACAGAUUACCCAACAGGAGACCUUCUUCUGUAUACUUAGGGAUCUAUAAUAUGCUCUUUACGGUCCCUGUCAGUUGAAUAAAGGAUGUAUGGCUGUGUCACUGA